GCUGCCCCCCCGGCCCGAGCCGCCCUGUCCCGCACCAUGAGGGACGGGCAUGCGGGGCUGCACCCACGCCGCGCACAGGUAGAGCCCGGGCGGCUCCUCCGCCUCCUGUCCUGCGUGGUCCUUGUGUGCGGCGCCGAGGUCGCGGCUCUCGCCGACUUCUCAGGUUACCUCACGAAGCUCCUGCAGAACCACACGGCCCAUGCCUGCGACGGGCAGCACCUGAGCCUGCACUGCCCUCGGCACUCCACCAUCAGCGUUCAGUCAGCGUUCUAUGGGCAGGACCCCCACAUGUGCACUGCUGGGCAGCCUGAAACCAGCAUGGCAGAGCCCAGGAACUGCGUGGCACCCACCUCUCUGCAGAAAGUACUGGAUGAAUGCCAAAACCUGAGAUCCUGCCAGCUCCUUGUCAAUAGUCGGGUUUUUGGGCCUGAUCUGUGUCCAGGGACCACUAAAUUCCUCCUUGUCUCCUUUAAAUGCAAACCUACUGAAUACAAAACCAAAUCAGCAUGUGAGAACCAGGAACUGAAGCUCCACUGUCAGGAAUCCAAGUUCCUGAUCAUCUACUCGGCCACCUAUGGCAGAUGGGCACACGAGGAGAGCGUCUGCUCAACACAGGCGGAGCACACACCCCCCUUUGACUGUUUGUCUUACACAGCGCUGGAAGUGUUAUCAAAAAGGUGCUAUGGGAAACAGAGAUGCAAAGUCAUUGUCACUAGCCGGGAUUUUGGGAGUCCGUGCCUGCCUGGAGUGACAAAAUCCCUAAAUGUCAGCUAUGCAUGUGUUCCCAAAUUUAUCCUCACAGCAGUCAACCCCCUGGUCCCUGAUAACAAGUCUUCCAUCAACCAGAACGAUGGUGCCGACCUUGAUCCAAGGGAAUCGAGGCUUCCAAAGAAAGAUGGAACUGUUGUUAGCUCCAACUACUUGGCUACUUUCGCAUACAUUAGAGAUCACCCUGAAAGACUCGCUCUGCUCUUUGUGUCCAGCGUUUGUGUGGGGUUGAUCUUCACGCUGUGUGCCUUAGUGAUCUGCGUGCUCUGUCCUGGUGACAUCCGGAAACUGCACGGGAAGAGGGAUCAGCUGGUGCCACAGAGCGCCAGAGCCUACAGGAGCACUGAACAGGAGCAGGAGGAAGAGGAGGGGGAGGAUUCCUCCCUUUCAGACACCCAGGAUGAGCCAGACGGACUGUACAGACCUCCUUACUCAGGUUAUAACUCGGCAGAGGCAGCGGAGCUGGCCGAAAGGAUUGAGCGCAGGGAGCAGAUCAUACAGGAAAUCUGGAUGAACAGUGGCUUGGAUAUGACACCCCCUAGGAAUAUGAAUACAUUUUAUAUUAAUGAACAAUAAAUGGCUUAUUUUGGAUGACACUCUACCCCUUUUUAAAAAAAAAAUGUACCUUCUGUGAAGGAACUUUCGUUAUCAGUGAAUAUAAUUAUUUGUAAAAUAAAAAGAAAUAUAUACAAUAAAAAGAGGGUUUCAUA